ACAAAUGCAGAUGGAGAUGGGACGCGGGAUUGGGGCAUCGCUUCUUCGUUCUUCUCUGUCUCCUGCCACUGCUUCUACUUCUUCUUCGAAUUCUUUCUUGGAUGUAUUCAACUGGAAUCUCAAAUCCUACCCAGAUAAAUUCUCGUUAUGAUGUAAGUAGUGGAGAAAAUGCAAAGGAGUGUUCACUUGGAUGAUCUUUCAGUUAAUCUUAUUCAGAUUUGCUAGAUUCUUUACAAGCUACAUAGUGGUUAUGCUUCAGGAUGCAAAGAUCUGCAAAGUAUGCAGCCUUUGACAAACACCAGAAAUCACCGUAUCAAAACUCCAUGCCUUCCGGAUACAAUGACUCUCAAUUUAGGCCUCAAGAUCACCAAUCCGCAGAUUCCUUCACUUCUGAAGAUAGAUCUCAGCCAAAAACCACUCAAUCACAGAUCAAUCAUGUUCAGUUCUGUACUCUGGAGUCCUCGUUAGCAAACACUAAUUACACUAGACACCAUUCUCCAUCUUUUGAUUGCACACCUAACAGUGGAAGCCCAUUUUCCCCGCAAGAUUCUCAGUCUGAUAAUAUCUAUGGAUCUCCAAUUAGUGCUUCUUGUAUUACUGAAGACCCAAAGGAUCUUAGAAACAGGUUGAAGGAGAUAGAGGCUGCUAUGCUUGGGCCUGAUUCAGAUAUGGCUGAGAUCUUUGAGGACACCUACCUAGGCCAUCCAUCGCUGGAGCCAGAGAAGUGGAAACAGGCAAUGGGAAUUCCCAGAGGAGACCUGAAACAACAUCUGAUAGCCUGUGCUAGAGCUGUUGCAGAGAAUGAUCUGAUUGCUGUUGAAUGGCUAAUUUCAGAGCUAAAACAUAUGGUUUCAGUUUCCGGGGAACCGAUGCAACGAUUGGGAGCAUACUUGCUUGAAGGCCUGAUUGCUAGAUUGGCUUCCUCAGGGAGUUCCAUUUACAAAUCUUUGAAGUGUAAAGAACCCACUAGUUCGGAUCUUCUCUCUUACAUGCACCUUCUUUAUGAGGUCUGUCCAUACUUCAAAUUUGGUUACCUGUCUGCAAAUGGGGCAAUUGCUGAGGCUGUAAAGGAUGAAGACAUGAUUCACAUUAUUGAUUUCCAGAUUGCCCAGGGAAGCCAGUGGGUAACACUCAUUCAAGCUCUUGCAGCACGACCUGGUGGUCCGCCAUGCAUUAGAAUUACCGGAGUCGAUGAUUCAAAUUCUGCUUAUGCACGAGGUGGUGGUUUAUAUUUAGUGGGUCAGAGGUUGUCACGACUUGCUGAAUCUUGCAAAGUGCCCUUUGAAUUCCAUGGUGCUGCUAUUUCAGGCUAUGAUGUGGAACCUGAGCUUAUCAGCAUUCGACCUGGGGAGGCAGUGGCAGUGAACUUUCCUUUUCAGCUGCAUCACAUGCCAGAUGAGAGUGUGAACACAAGGAAUCACCGGGACAGGCUUAUAAGGAUGGUUAAGUGCUUCUCUCCCAAGAUCGUUACACUUGUCGAACUAGAAUCCAACACAAACACUGCUCCUUUUUUUCCUAGAUUUCUCGAGACCCUGGACUUCUAUACCGCCAUGUUCGAGUCAGUAGAUGUCACUGUUGCGAGAGACAGCAAAGAGAGAAUCAAUGUAGAGCAGCAUUGCAUUGCAAGGGACAUAGUUAACAUAAUUGCUUGUGAGGGGGAGGAAAGAGUGGAGAGACACGAGCUCUAUGGGAAAUGGAGGUCUCGGUUUAUGAUGGCAGGGUUCAGACCAUGUCCUCUUAGUCCUAUGGUUAAUGCAACCAUCAAGAUUCUGUUACAGAACUACUCGGAACACUAUUGGCUUGAAGAGCGAGAUGGUGUACUUUAUCUUGGAUGGAAGAAUAGGACUCUGGUUGUUUCAUGCGCUUGGAGAUGAACUUAAUGACCUGACAAGCUAAAUCUUCAGUUUUUGUUCAUGACUAUGAUGUAGAUUGAAAACAUCUUUGCUGUUAUUAGACUAGAAUUUUUGUCUACUUAUCGUCGUGAAUUGAUUGUAAACUGGUCAUAAGAUGUAGGCAUGUAGAUGGAUUAGCAACGAAGCUAUUAAAAUGUCUAGAACUGGCUAUGAUCUGGAGAUACUACUUCUGAUGUUUUCUUACUGCAUUUUAAUAGAAUUAUGGCCAGUUGUAAUGGUUGAAAAUAAUUAUGGAAUUGUAUGA